GGUGCUGGUAAAUCGGGCUCGAGCUUGCCUACCGGGGAGCUCAUAGAGGCUCCUCCUUUCGCACCUGGCCUUCCUGUCCAGCCCCGGCCCUAGGGUCCCGCCGGGGUCCGCUGCCCGGCCCACUACCUGCCGCGCUGAUGCGGCGGGGCCCUGGGCGAGCCCAUCGUGCGGAGGAAGGGAGGGAGGGAGCGAGCGAGCGAGCUUGGGAGCGGCGGAGGACGGACCGAGCGACCGGCAGGGAGGGGGGAGCCGCCGCCAGCCGGGUGUACGGCGACCUGAUCCCUGUCCAACAUGGUCGCCGCUCACACCUCCCAUUCUGCGUCCUCUGGCGAGUGGAUCGCGUGCCUGGAUAAAAGACCUUUGGAACGUUCCAGUGAAGAUGUAGAUAUAAUAUUCACACGACUGAAAGAAGUGAAGGCCUUUGAGAAAUUUCAUCCAAACCUUCUCCAGCAGAUAUGUCUGUGUGGAUAUUAUGAAAAUCUGGAAAAGGGGAUCACAUUAUUCCGUCAGGGCGAUAUUGGGUCCAACUGGUAUGCUGUUCUGACAGGCUCACUGGAUGUGAAGGUUUCUGAUACAAGCAACCACCAGGAUGCUGUAACAAUAUGCACCCUGGGAAUAGGAACUGCUUUUGGAGAGUCCAUUCUUGAUAACACUCCUCGCCAUGCCACCAUUGUUACCAGAGAAUAUAGCGAGCUCCUUCGAAUUGAGCAGAAAGACUUCAAAGCACUCUGGGAGAAAUACCGACAGUAUAUGUCUGGACUUCUUACUCCUCCUUAUGGUGUUAUGGAAACUGGCUCCAACAAUGACAGAAUGCCAGAUAAGGACAGUAUGUCAAGUGGUGCUCUUUGCCAAGUUUCUAAAAAUUGUAAUAAGACACCUCUUAUUGACUCUCACAUCCCACAUCGUCCCUCUAAAACCAUUACACAGGUUCCUUCAGAAAAGAUCCUCAGAGCUGGAAAGAUUUUGCGGAAUACAAUUCUGUCCCGAGCCCCUCACAUGAUAAGAGAUCGUAAAUAUCAUCUGAAGACUUACAGGCAAUGCUGUGUGGGGACAGAACUUGUUGACUGGAUGAUGCAGCAAAGCACUUGUGUCCACUCACGAAGUCAGGCUGUUGGCAUGUGGCAAGUAUUGCUGGAAGAAGGCGUUCUUAACCAUGUGGACCAGGAGCACCACUUUCAGGACAAAUACUUAUUUUAUCGAUUUUUGGAUGAUGAGCGUGAAGAUGCCCCUUUGCCAACAGAGGAAGAGAAAAAGGAGUGUGAUGAGGAGCUACAGGACACUAUGCUGCUUCUGUCUCAGAUCGGGCCGGAUGCACAUAUGAGGAUGAUUCUCAGAAAACCGCCUGGCCAGAGAAGUAUGGAUGAUUUAGAAAUUAUAUAUGAAGAACUUCUUCACAUUAAAGCCUUAUCUCAUCUUUCUACCACAGUAAAGCGAGAAUUAGCAGGUGUCCUCAUUUUUGAGUCGCAUCCCAAAGCUGGAACAGUCUUAUUUAAUCAGGGAGAAGAAGGUACUUCUUGGUACAUUAUCCUAAAGGGAUCAGUAAACGUAGUCAUUUAUGGCAAGGGUGUGGUAUGUACUCUGCAUGAAGGAGAUGAUUUCGGCAAGCUAGCACUUGUGAAUGAUGCUCCCAGAGCAGCAUCUAUUGUUCUACGUGAAGACAACUGCCACUUUUUGAGAGUAGACAAAGAGGACUUCAAUAGAAUCCUUAGGGAUGUGGAAGCAAAUACUGUAAGACUCAAAGAACAUGACCAGGAUGUCUUGGUGUUGGAGAAGAUCCCAGCAGGAAACAGAGUUUCUAAUCAAGGAAGUUCACAGCCCCAGCACAAAUAUAUUGUGAUGUCAGGAACUCCAGAGAAAAUUUUAGAGCACUUUCUAGAAACUAUGCGCCUUGAAGCAACUUUAAAUGAAGCAACAGAUUCUGCUUUAAAUGAUUUCAUUAUGAUGCACUGUGUUUUUAUGCCAAAUAGUCAGCUCUGCCCAGCCUUGAUGGCACAUUAUCAUGCCCAGCCUUCCCAGGGUACAGAGCAAGAGAAAAUGGAUUAUGCUCUCAACAACAAAAGGAGAGUCAUUCGACUGGUUCUGCAGUGGGCUGCUUUAUAUGGGGACUUGCUACAAGAGGAUGAAGCAGCAAUGGCCUUUUUAGAGGAAUUUUAUGUAUCUGUGUCAGAUGAUACUAGGAUGAUUGCAGCACUAAAGGAGCAACUUCCAGAGCUAGAGAAAAUUGUAAAGCAAGUAGCUGAGGAGCCUAAAGGACCACAAAAGAAGCACAAAGUUCUUCUGCAGCUGUUUAAUACAAGUGAUGACAGAGCACAGAAACGCCAGCCUAUCAGGGGCAGUGAUGAGGUUCUUUUUAAGGUGUACUGCAUAGACCAAACCUACACCACUAUCCGCGUGCCGGUGUCUUCGUCUGUGAAGGAAGUGAUCAGCGCAGUUGCAGACAAGCUGGGUUCUGGAGAAGGCCUUAUCAUAGUAAAGAUGAGCUCAGGGGGAGAAAAAGUUGUGCUCAAGCCUCAUGAUGUUUCUGUGUUUACAACUCUCAGUGUUAAUGGACGGCUCUUCGCUUGCCCGCGUGACCAGUUUGAUUCACUGGCACCGUUACCAGAACAAGAGGGACCAUCAGCUGGUACAGUUGGAACGUUUGAACUGAUGAGCUCCAAAGACCUGGCACAUCAGAUGACAAUUUAUGACUGGGAGCUCUUCAACUGUGUGCAUGAGCUGGAACUGAUCUAUCACACUUUUGGAAGGCACAAUUUUAAAAAGACCACAGCAAAUCUGGAUUUAUUUUUAAGAAGAUUUAAUGAAAUUCAGUUCUGGGUGGUCACUGAGAUCUGUCUUUGCUCUCAACUCAGCAAGCGUGUGCAGAUAUUGAAGAAAUAUAUUAAGAUAGCUGCCCACUGUAAAGAAUACAAAAAUCUGAAUUCCUUUUUCGCUAUUAUUAUGGGACUGAGUAAUGUUGCUGUGAGCCGCCUUUCACUGACAUGGGAGAAACUUCCAAGCAAGUUCAAGAAGAUCUAUGCAGAAUUUGAAAGCUUAAUGGAUCCAUCAAGAAACCAUAGGGCCUACAGACUAACUGUAGCUAAAUUGGAUCCUCCAAUAAUUCCUUUCAUGCCUCUACUUAUAAAAGACAUGACGUUUACUCAUGAGGGAAAUAAGACGCUCACUGACAACCUAGUAAACUUCGAGAAGAUGCGCAUGAUUGCCAACACUGUCAGGACGGUGAAGUUCUGCCGAAGUCAAUCUUUCAAUCCUGACGCAGCCCUAGCUAAUAAGAACCAUCAGGAUGUUCGGAGCUAUGUGAGGCAAUUAAAUGUGAUUGACAACCAGAGAACUUUAUCACAGAUGUCUCACCGACUAGAGCCACGUCGGGCAUAAACAUUUGAAGCAAUGAUGAGAAAUGAUCUUUUAUCCUGUCAAGGUCACUUGUUAAGAACUUCACUUUCUCUGCGACUGCACUGCCACUACAAAAAUAAGCAAAAACAUAUUGUAAGGUCUUAGGCAAUGCACAAUGUACUGCCUGUCAGAGAACUUUGACUGAGAAAGAAUUUAUGCACUGUAGCUGUAAGGGUGGCCAUGUUGUGUACUAUUAAUUCAUUUUAAAGUGUGGUAAAUGAUUUUUGUAUGGAUUUUAAAAAAGGGGAAGAAGAAAAAUGGUGUAAAAUUCACACACACACACAAAAGAAAAAAAAAUAAAAGGCUUCUAACACUUCUAAGGGAGACACUGUUUUGCUCUCUAACUAAAAAUAUAUGUUUUAUAAUUUCUUGCCUAGGUCAGGAAAAAACUGACAUGACAGUUUUGCUUCCCCAGCUACUGCUGACCUCAAUAUGAGAUGUAGGUAAGCAUCUGAUAAUAGAGCAGAGGUUUGGGAGAAUUGUCCAAGGUACAGUUCCAUUCAGGGAAUACUUAAAAAAUUCCCUUUGAAAUACAGCAGAUACUAAGAAAAAAUUCUAAUAUUAUUCGUACUGCCUACUUCAAGCAGUGUGGCCACUUCAGAAAACUGACAGGACUGAAUAUAUUUUGAAUGAUAACUAGAUUAAUCUGUGUUUACAUUUUACUUCUUUUUUUAAACUAUCAGGUUUUUACAAAAUUCCACUUUGAAUUAGUAAUGCUGUCAAAACCUUCAAUAGCAUAAAGGUAGCAAAAGACUGGUUCAAAAUGAGCACAAUAUGCACAAACAGAUUUCCUGAUAAUAGUUUCCUGGACAUCAGACCUUCAGCUAUGAUUAAUACUGGCUGGCUAACAAGUAUUUUCUGGUCUUAAGCAUUUACAAAUAUCUAAAUUUUCAGCCAAUUGUUUUGCACUUUCAACAGUCUGUAAAUAAAUAUUAAUUCAUUACAUUCUAGAAUAUUUAUUUAUGUAAUAACCACUGUACAAAAAUAAUUGUUUUAUUUAUUUUAUUGAGCAUGUUCUCAAGUGCAGCAUUUGUCUUUAUGUGCAUCUCAUAUGUAGGAAUUGUGUGACAUGUGUUUUCUGUAAAUAACAUGCAGUACCUUAUUAAACGUAAUUGCCAGAAA